ACAAACCACUGGUGGCGCCAUUUCUCCGCAAGAUUCCCAAAGUGGCCACAGCAUACUGUGUACAAAGCCAUUAGAAGAACGUAAAAGGAGCCAUUCACGGCGUUUGCGCAGGAAGCGGAAUAGCGAGUUAUGGCGCAUAUUUCGAUGGGAAACGUCUCCUGGGAUGGGCUUAAUUAUCGGAAUAAGGGUGCCCGCGUUUAGUCCGCGGUAGGAUUCGGGAGUUGUCCGGUUGAUGGCACACUAAACCAGUAAACUACACCGUAAAACCCCGGAGAAGAACUCAUCCUGGUCAUAAAAUCGCAAAGGGAUUUUCUAUCUCCCAUCAGGAGGAAUCAUCACGCAGCGUCCUGACGAAAGGGAAUGGAAAACGAUGUAAGGAGCCGCAGUGGAAGACGUGUUGCAGAUCAGGUGGAGAACAGAGCUGUCAGCUUCUAGCGCUUUGGACACCACCGACUCAUUAAUCUGGCUGCUCGAUGGUAUGUGUCGGCUUUACCUGACAGCCGGCAGAUAGCAGAGGACUCUCCGGAGCUUUAAUGCGUUAGGAGUCCAUUCAUGUCUCGGUUGUUGCAAUGACGUCUGAAUGGUUUUCUUACAUCGAGCGCUGAGACAUUUCGACAUUAAUCCGCCCGAUCGGUGAUCCCGUGUCGGGAAGAGAGAGACUGACGGAGGGAUAUGGGAAAGAGAGCGGAACCGAUGCAGUGGGUCUCUGCUAGGCAUCGUCAAAACACAGGGCAGUGAUGCCUGGGAUGGUGAUGUUUCGGCGGCGCUGGUCAGUCGGCAGUGAUGACCUAGUGCUGCCUGCUCUCUUUCUUUUUUUAUUGCACUGUAUCUGGUUGGUGGUACUGUCCGUGGUUCUCUUCGGCCUCGGGUACGGCUCAGACCUGUCGUGCUCCAGCACGCUGGUGGAUCAUGGAAGAGGGUACUUGGGCAUCCUUGUCAGCUGCCUCAUAUGUGAAAGUGCCAUCAUGUGGUUGAGCAUGAGGGGCAGCAUUCUGUACACGCAACCCAGGGAAGCUGUGCAGUAUGUAAUCUACAUCAGACUAGCUAUUCUUCUUGUGGAACUAGUGUAUGCUGUAGUAGGAAUUGCCUGGCUUGUCCAGUAUUACCAGCCGUGCUCUGAUGUCACUGCAAAAAACCUGGCUUUGGGAAUUGUUGCAUGUAACUGGCUGGUGAUCCUCAGCGUUUGCAUUACCCUCAUGUGCACCUUCGAUCCUACUGGACGGACUUUUGUAAAGCUCAAAGCAACCCGUCGGCGACAGCGGAACCUAACUACAUACACUCUUAGACACAGACUAGAAGAGGGCCAGGCCAGCAGCUGGAGCAGAAGACUGAAAUUCUUCAUGUGUUGCACAAGAGCUCAAGAUACACAAUCGGAUGCAUAUUCGGAAGUUGCCAGUCUUUUUGCGGAGUUCUUCAGAGACCUGGACAUUGUGCCGAGUGAUAUUAUUGCCGGACUUGUGCUUCUCCGUCAAACACAGAGGUCUAAAAGAUCCAAUGUCCUGGGCCAGGCCAACAAUGACAUUAUAGCGUUCUUAUCAGGAAUACCAGUUACUCGUAGUACCAGAUACCUGGACCUCAAGAACUCUGCUGAGAUGAACAUGUACAAGGAGGUGUGUUAUUAUAUGCUCUUUGCCCUGGCUGCAUAUGGUUGGCCCAUGUACCUGAUGAGGAAGCCUGGCUGUGGGCUGUGCCGCCUCGCCAGCUCCUGCCCCAGCUCAUCAGUGUCUGGCUCUCGGUUGUCUCAGUCUGUGACGGUGGAAGAGGACAACUGCUGCGGUUGCAACGUCCUGGCCAUACGCAGACAGUUCCUCGAUCAGGAUCUCAAGCAGGUUCACAUUGUCUACACAUCCUGCCAUGAUGCUGUUUACGAAACUCCGUUCUUUGUGGCGGUGGAUCAUGCAAAAAAGAAAGUCGUCAUCAGUAUCAGGGGGACCCUUUCACCAAAGGACGCCUUGACUGAUCUGACAGGAGACUCUGAACGUUUGCCAGUGGAGGGGCAGCAUGGGACCUGGCUUGGUCACAAGGGAAUGGUUUACUCAGCAGAAUACAUUAAGAAGAAAUUGGAGCAGGAAAUGAUCUUGUCACAAGCUUUUGGAAGAGACUUGAGCAAGGGCACCAUGCAUUAUGGGCUGGUGAUAGUCGGGCACUCUCUUGGGGCAGGCACUGCUGCUAUCCUCUCCUUCCUGCUCAGACCUCAGUACCCCACACUCCACUGCUACUCUUAUUCUCCACCUGGUGGCCUUCUGAGUGAGGAUGCCAUGGAGUACUCCAAAGAGUUUGUCACAUCUGUGGUAUUAGGAAAAGACCUCGUGCCAAGGCUCGGCCUGUCUCAGCUGGAGGGUUUCAGACGGCAUCUUCUGGAGGUCUUACAGAAAAGUAACAAGCCAAAGUGGAGGAUCAUUGUGGGCGGUACCAAAUGCAUCCCCAAAUCAGAGCUUCCAGUGGAGGACGACGAUCCUCCAUCUCAGUCCACAGCGCCCCCCAGCAGCCGCCUGUGGCUACACGCUAGUGACCUCAGCAUCGCACCGUCGGCCUCCACACCUCUCUAUCCUCCUGGCAGGAUCAUCCACGUGGUGCACAACCAUCCACCAGAGUCAUGGUGCGGACAGGAAGAGCCGACUUACUCUGCUCUCUGGGGAGACAACAAGGGGUUCGACGAGGUCAUCAUAUCGCCAGCAAUGCUGAAUGAGCACAUGCCUCACAUGGUUAUGGAGGGCCUAAAUAAGGUGCUGGAGAACUACAAUAAAGGAAAAACGGCUCUGUUGUCAGCAGCCAAGAUCAUGGUGAGCCCCACCGAAGUAGACCUGAACCCAGAGACCAUUUUUGAGGAUGCGGCUUCUCAGGAGCCGACGCCCAUGGCGGCCCACCACCGCAGGAAUAGCAGCGUUCGAGAAAAACCUUUGUUACGUUCGUGUGCCCAGUCUGAGAUAUCUCUGGAUGGUUUCUCUGAGUGCCCUCCUCCCCCAGUUCCUGUAGUGCUGCGUGGAGCACGGGAGCGGCUAACGGUGGAGCUUAGGGACCGUAAAGCUCCACUGGCCGUCAUGGAAAGCCUCUCAGACGCAGAGUCCCUCUACAGCCUGGAUUCCCGGCGCUCCUCAGCGGCCUUCAGAGGGUCGCCAAUGCUGGGUAGUUUACCGUUCCCUUUGGAUGCCCCAAUACCAGAGGAGAACCCAUCUCUCAGUUCCCGGACUGAACUGUUGGCUGCAGAUUGCCUCUGCCAGGCCUCACCAGAGCACCUCGGUGAAGUUGGGCCGUUCUUUACCCCACAUGAAUGCAGAUCCACUCCAGAUUACCCCAUGAAGCUUUCUCCUGCCACGCCACGCUACAGCGGACCCCACUCCCCAGCUCUUUUAAAUCUGCCUAUCAAACACGAGCCUAACGCAGCAUCAGCAAUGGUUAAUGAUGCAGAUCAGAUGCCGGGUGUCUACAGCCCAGGGAGCACUCCAAACGCUCCCCUAAGCCCACAGAUUGGUUCUAGAUUAACGGAUCUUAAAAGAGAGGAUUUAGGGUUUGAGACGACAGAGAAACCAUUGAGUGAAGAACCCAGUCUGGCAGCUUUUACUGCUCCACCUCCGCUUACUAAUGGGAACCCCAGUCAGGCUGUGCUAGAGUUUGCCCAGUACUUAGACUCUCUCUUUAGAUUGGAUGGUAGCAGCUCGCCGCCCCUGGACCUGUCUGAUGGGGAGUCGGAGUCUGGGAGGGGCUCCUUUGGACAGAGUGAGUGUCUCGGAGAUGGACAGCAGCUGGAUGAUGCGCAACUGCUGGCCAGAGCGACAAUGGAGCCUAACCUUGUUCCCAAACCUCCACGCACUUUUGCUGGCUCUGCCGAUCCUUCUUCAGGCAUAUCAUUGUCCCCAUCAUUUCCUCUCUCCUCAUCAGAGGAGCUCAAUGACCUUUCACCAAGCGAGGGCGUCCUGCCAGUAAUAAACUCCCUACGAACAUCCAGCCCCUGCCACUGUCCUGAAGAGAACACGCUCUCAUCAGUAGUUUAGGGUGUUCUGGAGGCUUUGCUCCAAACGGAGAGGUCAGGUGAUUUAAACAUAUCCCAACACAUCCACAGAAUGGAAUCCUGACACUCCGAGAUCCAGUGAGCAGACCUAAUGGACCAACGCACACACUACAUUCAUUCUUCAGGUGUCUCUUUUCAACAUUUUCACAGUAUUGCAAUGACAACAAAAAAAGAAGAUGCCUCUCUCUGUAUGCCAGGGUGCUGUGCUGCUUUGCAACUGUAGCUUCACAAUGCCAAUCCAGAACAAUGUCUAACCCACAUGGGGACAUUUUUACAUUUCGUCUAGUUCCCUGAUUUAG